AUGGCAAAGGUCACCGAGCGACAGACUGAGCGACUGAUGCAACAAAGGCGACAGGGAGGCCCACGGGUUGACGGCUUCUUCCUUGAUGGGGAGGACAUGAUCGGCCCGGAUCCUUCUCAAAGUCUUGAAACAUCACAAGCGUGGCAAAGACUGCAAGGCAUGAUUAGGUUAGCUGAGGUUAAAAAGACCGUUGAAGGCCUCAUAGACACAAUUAAAUACAACUAUCGUCGCGAGAUAGACGGGCAACCUAUGGUUGGCUACAGCCUCAACCUUUCUCGGAAAUCUUGGAACUGGUAA